GAGCUCUUGAUAGCUUAUAGCAAAAGUCAAGAACAAAAUCUUUAUUAGAAAGAUUAGACUAAAAUCAAAGAAUCAUGAAAUCCAAGACACAAUCUCAACUACCACUAAUAGACUUAACUGAUGAAAAUCUAAAGCUUGGUAGUAAUAAUUGGCUUUCAACUUGUCAAGUUAUGCGUAGUGCAUUUGAGGAUCAUGGUGGUUUCAUGGCACUAUAUGAUAAAGUUGAUUCAAAGACAAAUAAUUCUAUGUACUCUGCAAUUCAACAAUUUUUUGAUCUCUCUAUAGAAACAAAACAAAGGAAGACCACUGAAAAACCUAUCUUUAGCUACUCUGGUCAACAUCCUCAGAUUCCUUUAUUUGAAUCUUUGGGUAUUUGGAACCCACUCAGUAUAGAUGAUUGUCAAAAAUAUACAAAUAUUAUGUGGCCACAAGGAAAUGAUCAUUUCUGUGGGAGUGUUAAUUCCUAUGCAAUGGAGCUAGUGGAAUUGGAUCAUAUUGUGAAGAGAAUGAUAUUUGAUAGCUAUGGAUUAGAGAGUAAGAAAGUUGAGACAUUACUUGAAUCAACAGAUUAUGUGGUUAGAGGAUUCAAAUACAGAACACCUCAAGUGGGUGAGAGUAACUUGGGAGUGGCUCCACAUGCUGAUGCAUCUUUCAUAACAAUAUUGAAUCAGAAGGUAGAAGGAUUAGAAGUCAAAUUGAAGAAUGGGGAUUGGUGUGAGGUUGGUGCCUCUCCUUCUUUGUUUUUGGUCAUGGCUGGUGAUGCAUUGACGGUUUGGAGUAAUGAUAGAAUACCAGCUUGUGCACAUAGAGUCUUCAUUAAUUCAAAGAUUGAAAGGUAUUCCACGGGAAUACUUUCAUAUGCUGCUAAGAUAAUUGAACCACAAGAGGAGUUAGUUGAUGAAGAGGAACACCCUUUACGUUAUAAACCAUUUGAUCAUUAUGGUUACUUACGUUUCUUUCUCACAGAAGAAGCCUUAAAAUGUGAUUCUCGAAUCAAGACAUAUUGUGGUAUUUGA